AUGGAUUCCAUCCAGGAAACCGGCCCCCCUCUCGUCAAUCCCUCAGAGAGCCCGCCAACCUUCAACCGCGUCCACUACGGCCUCAACAUCGACACCGAGAACACGUCGCCGUCGCCGUCGCCCGCCAUCCGCCGCCUCUCGCGCUCAGACACGGCCGUCCACCGCGAGCCCUUUUCGCCGCUGCGCCGCCGACGAAGCACCCGCGCCGCGACCUUUAGGGCCAUUGACGACACGGACGACUUUGACUUUGAUGCCACCUACACGGAGAGGCCGGGCUGGGAACCGGGCUCUGAGCCGGGGUUUGAUCCCAAUCUGCCGGAUGGAGGACAUGCCUCGAUGCCGCAGCUGAGCGCCGACUGCGAGAUUACGGUGGUGGACUUUUCAAAGGAUAACAUGGUCAAGAGACAUUUUGAUAACGAGUCGUUUAUCACGUUUUUGACGCAGCCAAAGGCGAAGUGGGCCAAGUGUCGGUGGAUCAACGUCAAUGGCUUGAGUUGGGAUGUGAUUCAGGCCGUGGGAGCGCACAAGGGACUGCAUAAGCUUGCGCUGGAGGAUAUCAUGAAUAUCAGGAACAGGACCAAGGCUGAUUGGUAUCCAAACCACGCCUUCAUCAUCAUGACGCUCCAGAAGCUGGUCCAUCUGGUGGACGACGACGACAGCUCCUCAGACACGAGCAGUCUACGGUCAAGAAAGUCGGCCACCAAGGUCAGGAACUUCUUCCGCGGGUUCGGCAGCCGCAACGACGACAAGCUCGACAAGCUCAAGAACCCCAGCCCUCCUGUUGAUCCGGAGAAGCGCAUCACCACAAAGUGCCUGACGGAACUCUCAGAGAGCCUCGAGCUGCAGGAAACGUCCAUGGUUCGCACCCUGCAGCGGUACCAUGCCUCUGGCAACGAGACGCGCACCGACUACAUGGAAGCAAACUCCAUCCUUACGCCGCUCAACCUCGCCGUUUCUGCCGAGCAAGUCUCCAUCUUCCUCACGGCGGACAACACCGUCAUCUCCUUCUUCGAGGUCUCCGCCGGCGACGUCGAGCGCCCCAUUGUCACGCGCCUAAGCAACCCGGGCACUAUCCUCCGCGAGUCGUGCGAUGCCUCGCUCGUUGUGCAGGCCAUCAUCGACGCCAUCAUUGACCUGGCCAUUCCCCUGACGGCCGUGUACAAUGAUGUCUUGGGUGAUUUGGAGCUCGACGUCUUGACCUCCCCCAGCAUCAAGCAGUGCAAGAGCCUGUAUAUUUGCAUCAGCGAGAUUAACAAGAUGCUGCGAUUCCUCAAUCCCAUUGAUAACCUUGUCAACGUCCUGCGCGACCACAAGACGAACUUCUCCCAUGAAGAGGCCAUUAAAGAGCUUGAGAACCCAGCUAGUGGCGUCAUCGUCACGCCCAUGACGCAUACGUACCUGGGCGACGUGUUGGAUCACUGCAUCAUCAUCACCGAGGCCCUGCAGCAGUGCAAGCAGUCGAGCGAGAACCUGAUUAACCUCAUCUUCAACACCAUCUCGGCGAACCAGAACGAGAGCAUGAAGCAGCUGACCACGGUCACCAUUAUUUUCCUGCCGCUGACGUUUAUUACUGGAUAUUUUGGGCAGAAUUUCCCAGAGGAGGGAUUUCCGGAUAUUAGGCAUGGGAUAUGGUACUUCUGGGCUUGCGCUGUCCCGACGGCUUUUGCUACGAUUCUCAUUCUGAUGCGGGAAAUGAUUUCUUCCUGGUUUGUGCGUGUUGUGCAGCGGCAGCGGGUGAAGAGUAAUCGCCGGAAGAGCAAGGCGAAGGCGAAGAGGAGGGUGAGGGGAUGA